AUGAUCUUCUCCUUUCACUGGGCAACAGCAUUCUGCAUCCGUCAAACACCACUGUUCUUAUUUAUUGAUGACGAUUACAUAAUUCAUCCAAACAAUACAAUUAAUCUGGUAAGAAAACUGAAUAGUUCAGAGGUGAAAUCACUUGCAGCUGGUUCUGUAUAUUUUGGAAGAGUUGACAGACCUAUAAAUGGAUACGGUGAUCGAUGGGCCCUAUCAACUAGUGAAUAUCCUUGGGAUUACUAUCCAAGAUUCUUCCUAGGUAUAGGUUAUUUUUUAGGAGCUGAUGUUGUUCAUGAUGCAUCUGUUGCAAUGACAUUCACAAAACCAAUACGAAUUGAUGAUGCUUAUUUUGGUAUCAUUUUGAAAAGGCUCAAUAAAACACUUACACACUUGAACGACAUUCAUAUUCAUCCGUUCAAAGAACACUUGAAAUCUGGUGCAUUUAUUAUUACACGAAGUUUAGCUGAGAAUUAUGUGAAUUGGUCAACAGGGUUUGUAAAUGGAAUCUGA